CACAGUAGCAGCGCCCCUGCAGCACAUCCCGCAGCCCCGGCAGAACCCCCCGCUGCCCCCCAGCACAACCCCCGGCUGCUCUUUGCACCCCUUCUGCCCCCCUGCUCCGCUCUCCAGGUGCAUGAGUUAUCUGCCCCCCAAAAUGGUCUGCGAAACGAAAAUCCUUGCGGAUGACCUACCGGGGCACCAGAAAGAGCCCUUGCUGCUCCCCUCCUCCCAGAUGUGGCCCUUUGCCCAGUGGCCCCGCCGGUUCUGCACUGGGGCCCCCCAGCUCCGGGGCCGAGGAGGAGAUGACUAAGGAGCAAGUUUAUCUCCGGGAAUUCCAGCCCGCAGACCAGGAGUUUGCCAGGAGGAUAUUCUAUGAAGGAAUUAAGGAAAGGAUCCUUAGCUCGGCAUUCAGAGGGUUAAAAUACCAGCCCCUCCUACAGAGUGUAUAUGCGGUGAUCAUAAUAAUGUGCUUUGUUGUGACCAAGUCCUUGCUGGUGACGUGCUGUAUGCCCCUCUUUCUAUUGGGCAUGAGGUAUUACUACAGUAGGAAAAUUAUCCUCAAUCAUCUCGAGUGCGCUCUACGCACGGACAUGUCUGAUAUUGAGCAAUAUUACAUGAAACAGCCGGGUUCUUGCUUCUGGGUCGCGGUCCUAGAGGGAAAAGUGGUCGGAAUAGUGGCUGCCCGAGGCAAUGAAGAAGACAACGUGGUCGAGUUACGGCGGAUGUCUGUGGACUCCAACUAUCGGGGUAAAGGUAUUGCCAAGGCCUUAGGUCGCAAGGUUCUUGAGUUUGCCAUGCUAAACCACUACUCCUCCAUUGUGCUCGGCACAACAGCCGUCAAGAUCGCGGCCCACAAGCUAUACGAGUCCUUGGGCUUCAAGCAUGUCGGAGUAGUAGAGCACCACAUUGUUCCUGGGAUGACCCACUCCUUGCUGGAGAGGCUAUUCUUCCAGCUCCGCUACCACCGCUAUUGUCUACAGCUACGAGAAGAGUAAAAAGCAAGUCAGCCUUAUCCUUUGCAACUCCAUGUUUUAUUUUCUUCUAACUUAGUUAUAUAAUGCUUGCAGCUCGUUUGCGGGUAAAUACCACACUUAACCAGGGUUUUCUUUAGUAGAUAACAGCUUUUGCAACACAAGUCCUUUGCAUUUGAUGCUACUGCUGGAGGAAGACCUGUUCCUUUCCAUACACGGAUAGUAUUAACUGACGGGUUAGAGGAGGCCCACUAACCUGAUACAUCGCCUAAAAAUGAACCUAGAUACUGCUCUGUUGUAAAAAAAAAAAGUAUUUUUCCAAUGUAAAAUAAGACAGUGAUCUUCCGGAUGGGAUCAAUUCCGGGUUGAAUGCGCUGAUGUUUUUUUUUUUAAGAAGAUUGUGCUAUAACUUUAUCAAUUCAUUCGGCCUCUUUUGAGGCCAAUGUGAAAACCAGUGUUUGGAACAAUGCAUGACGAGGAAGUGUUUGCACGUACACGUUGCACUGCCAACGAGGCACCGAUCUUGCACUUUCUUGGAUGGCAUGUGCCCAACAACUCCACUAAAACUGGACCUUGGUGCGUCAACUGGCGGUUAUUUCCCACUGGACGCCAUGCCCUUGUUAAGCCAGCAAGCUGUUAUAAACUCUGAGCCUGUGUAUAUAUAGUGUACAUAACAAUAACGCCAGUUCGUCUGGACAUGCAGCUUGGGCCAGGUUUCCAAAUAUACGUCAGAAGGGUUUCUUAUGUCUUUUUGGUUCCGUUUCCGUACGCUAAUGAUGUCGUAAUGGUGUCAUUGAAGCACAAUAGAUGUUAGGAUUCUCUCAGCAGCGCAAAUUUUGCAUUGAAUUCUUAACAAAAUAUAAUUCAGGGUGGGGGUGAAAUAUGUUUGAUAUCUACAUUUAUUUUUCAAUGAAGAAUGUACAGUCCCUACUGAUCUACUGUAUAUAAUGGCCAAGCACCGUUCCUGCUGCAGAUCUACCUGCUUUAAUAAUACUGCGAUGUGUAUAUGGCAAAUAGCAAUGCAAUGCAGGUUAGGAAUGUGUCUGUACUUAGUCUGUAUGUACAGUGCAUGCUGAAAUACUAUAGCUAAUGAAUUUAUUUUGUCUUCGAUAUGUACACUUUGUAAGAUAUGUAGAAUUAGAAUUUUGCAUGAUAUAAAUAUAUAUUUAGAUA